UGAAAUUUGCACGCUUGUUGACGAUCGGCUAGUUCAUGUCGAUUUUCCGCCUUUAAAAUUAGUCUUGUCUGUUUUUUCACCGGCAUUUCAAUGAAUUUAGAAUUCUCUAAGCUGUGAUUUUGCAUAGUGUACCUUCAUAAUGAGUCAGAAACGACGGCUAGCAGUUAUCGAUCCGUACAUCGUCAAAAGACGGGAAACUGAUGAUGUCGCAAGGUUACCAGGGUCAUCCUCAACCACUCCCGCUGUGCCAGCUGUUCCUGCUAUCCCAAAGAAUAUCUCACUCAACCCAUACACAAAAUUACCUUUUACACCAAGGUAUCAAGAGUUGUUGCGGAAGAGGAUCACCCUCCCUGUUUUUGAAUAUAGAGAAGAGUUCAUGAAGCUGCUAGCCCAAAAUCAGUGUAUUGUACUGGUAGGUGAAACAGGUUCUGGCAAGACUACUCAAAUUCCACAAUGGUGCGUUGAAUUCUCCCAGUCAAUGGGCUCAAAAGGUGUUGCAUGUACGCAACCCAGACGAGUGGCUGCUAUGUCAGUUGCUCAGCGUGUGUCAGAAGAAAUGGACGUCAGUCUGGGCCAAGAAGUUGGUUACAGUAUUAGGUUUGAGGAUUGCUCCUCGCCAAGGACAAUACUUAAGUACAUGACUGAUGGUAUGUUACUAAGAGAGGGUAUGUCCGAUCCAAUGUUAGACAACUAUCAAGUUGUAAUUCUUGACGAGGCUCACGAGCGUACCCUCGCCACAGAUAUUCUAAUGGGAGUCUUAAAAGAAGUCGCCAAACAGCGAUCGGAUCUCAAACUUGUCAUUAUGUCUGCCACUCUAGACGCUGGUAAAUUCCAGCAAUAUUUUGAUAAUGCACCUUUAAUGAACGUGCCCGGAAGAACGCAUCCAGUAGAAAUUUAUUACACGCCUGAGCCUGAAAGAGACUAUCUUGAAGCUGCAAUCAGAACAGUCGUCCAAAUUCACAUGUGUGAAGAAAUUGCAGGUGACAUUCUGCUGUUCCUCACUGGUCAAGAGGAAAUUGAAGAAGCAUGUAAACGAAUCAAAAGAGAAAUUGACAAUCUUGGUCCUGACAUCGGUGAACUGAAAUGCAUUCCACUGUACUCUACACUGCCACCAAACCUCCAGCAACGAAUUUUUGAGCCUGCGCCUCCCAAUAAGGCAAACGGAGCUAUCGGAAGGAAAGUGGUCGUCUCAACUAACAUCGCUGAAACCUCACUCACCAUUGACGGAGUCGUUUUUGUCAUUGAUCCUGGUUUUGCCAAACAGAAGGUUUACAAUCCCCGAAUUCGUGUCGAAUCCUUGCUAGUUUCCCCGAUCAGUAAAGCCUCUGCGCAGCAGAGGGCUGGUCGUGCCGGCCGUACUCGUCCUGGCAAAUGUUUUAGGUUAUACACAGAGAAAGCUUUUAAGAAUGAAAUGCAGGCGAACACAUAUCCUGAAAUCUUAAGAUCCAAUCUGGGUUCAGUUGUGUUGCAACUUAAAAAAUUAGGAAUUGAUGAUCUUGUACAUUUCGAUUUCAUGGAUCCUCCAGCUCCGGAAACCCUGAUGAGGGCAUUAGAAUUGUUGAACUAUCUUGCUGCGCUGGAUGAUGAUGGAAACCUGACAGAUCUCGGUGCCAUUAUGGCCGAAUUCCCCCUCGAUCCACAACUAGCAAAAAUGCUCAUCGCCUCCUGUAAUCACAACUGCUCCAAUGAAAUUUUGUCCAUCACAGCAAUGCUGUCAGUCCCACAGUGCUUCAUCCGACCCAACGAAGCGAAAAAAGCAGCUGAUGACGCCAAAAUGAGGUUUGCCCACAUAGACGGUGACCAUCUGACGCUCCUCAAUGUCUACCAUGCUUUUAGACAGAACUCGGAAGACCCGCAAUGGUGUUAUGAUAACUUCGUCAACUACCGAUCAUUAAAAUCGGCAGAUAAUGUAAGGCAACAGCUCGCUAGGAUAAUGGACAGGUUUGCCCUGAAGCGAUCUUCGACAGAGUUCACGUCAAAAGAUUACUAUCUCAACAUCAGGAAGUCUCUCGUGACUGGCUUCUUUAUGCAGGUUGCUCAUCUCGAAAGGACCGGCCAUUACCUGACAAUCAAGGAUAAUCAGGGUGUGCAGCUUCACCCUUCGACAUGUUUGGACCACAAGCCGGAGUGGGUCAUCUACAAUGAAUUUGUGCUCACCACCAAAAACUACAUCCGAACGGUUACGGAUAUUAAGCCGGAGUGGCUCCUGAAACUUGCUCCUCAAUAUUAUGACCUACAAAACUUCCCACAAUGCGAAGCCAAGCGACAGUUAGAAAUCCUCCAGACCAAAAUGGAGUCAAGACAGUAUCAAGAAGGAUUCUAAGUGCACGUCAGCAAAUUUUUCACGUUAGUUUCUGUCUUUUAAGUAUUCCGACACUUGCAGGUGUUUUCUCUCCCGGAAAACAUGCCACUAUUCUAGUUGCUUUUGUCUUAAGCCGAAAAAAAUAAGCUUUAGUUUUCAAACAAAUGUCUUAAUUAUUUGACACGGUUUUUGUUACACAUCAUCCUGAUUUCUUUUUCACCCUGUUUGAUGAUUGAAUCAUCAUAAGUAAUCUUACUUUCUACUCAAACCCUUUUUACACCCUUGCAGAGUUUCUAAUGCUGCAGCAGUUUAACUGUAAAUACAAUUGUAAUCAUUUCUGCACUAAAUUGUAUGCCUGAACGAUGAAGACUUUUGAAUUGUAGGAAUUUGUAUUAAAGAUAUGUUAAAAAUUA